AUUCACAGCCGCCCCCUACUUUCUCUUCUCACCUUUGCAUUUUUCAUCACAACGGUUCGUCCGGAGUAUAUCGGUUCAAUUUUCAAAAACCGGAUUUCGAACAUUGCUCGGUUGAACCGGUCAGACCCACCCAUAUUUUAAAAAACCGAUUUACAGACUGGAGUCGGUUCGAAAUACAAGGUUUAAGCACUACAACACCAAACACUGUUGAGACUUGAGAGUGAAUUGAAUGUGAAAAUCAGGGUUUACGGGUUUAACGAUCCUCUAAGAUCCCCUAUGCAUCACAGAGAAGAAAAUUAGCCUCUCAAUAAUGAAUCCUGUACCGGAAAAUGGUUGUUGUGUUGAGCUGAAGAAAAAGUAUUCGAAGCUUCAAGAGACACGGAAUGCUCUAAGAGAUGCUGUGAAGCUGCUUGAACAAACCGUUACCAAGUUUCAAGCUCAGAAUGUGAGCCUAAAAAAAGCAUACCAGGAAGAAUCAGCUAGGGCAAAAAUUGAAAAAGAGGAAAAGCUGAAAGAAUUGAGUGCUAAGGUUUCUUUAGAAAAUGAAGUUUCAACGUUAAAAUAUGAGAUCACUGCAUUGCAGCAGAAAUGUGACACAGUUGCUCAGGAAGAACACGAGGAUGUGGAAUCUUUGGAAGCAGAUAUAUCUGAUAAGGAAAAGGAAAUUGAUAGAUUGAAAAAACUUGUGGAGAAAGAAAAGAAAAGGGCUGAUCACGAGAGGAAGGUUGUCGAGAAUGAGGUUUCUGCGUUAAAAUCUGAGAUAAGUGCUUUGCAGCAGAAAUGUGGCACAGUUGCUCAGGAAGAAAAUGAGAAUGUGAAAUCUUUGAAAGCCGAUAUAUCUGAUAAAGAAAAAGAAAUUAAUAGAUUGAAGAAACUUGUGGAUAAAGAAAAGAGAAGGGCUGAUUCUGAGAGGAAGAUUGCUGAGAAUGAGGUUGGUGCCUUAAAAUCUGAGAUCAAUGCAUUGCAGCAGAAAUGUGCUACAGUUGCUCAGGAUGAAAAUGAGAAUAAAGCUUUGAAAGCCGAUAUAUCUGAUAAGGAAAAGGAAAUUGAUAGAUUGAAGAAACUCGUGGAGAAAGAAAAGAAAAGGGCUGAUUCAGAGAGGAAGGUUGCCGAGAAUGAGGUUUCUACCUUAAAAUCUGAGAUCAAUACAUUGCAGCAGAUAUGUGUGACAGUUGCACAAGAAGAAAAUGACAACAACGCUUUGAAAGCCAAUAUAUCUGAUAAGGAAAAGGAAAUUGAUAGAUUGAAUAAACUUGUGGAGAAAGAAAAGAAAAGGGCUGAUUCUGAGAGGAAGGUUAACGAAAAUGAGGUUUCUGCCUUAAAAUCUGAGAUCAAUGCAUUGCAGCAGAAAUGUGGCACAGUUGCUCAGGAAGAAAAUGAGAGUAAAGCUUUGAAAGCUGAUAUAUUUGAUAAGGAAAAGGAAAUUGAUAGAUUGAAGAAACUUGUGGAGAAAGAAAAGAAAAUGGCUGAUUCUGAGAGGAAGGUUGCCGAGAAUGAGGUUUCUGCCUUAAAAUCUGAGAUCAAUGCAUUGCAGCAGAAAUGUGUCACAAUUGCUCAGGAAGAAAAUGAGGAUGUGAAAGCUUUGAAAGCUGAUAUAUCUGAUAAGGAAAAAGAAAUUGAUAGAUUGAAGAAGCUUGUGGAGAAAGAAAAGAAAAUGGCUGAUUCUGAGAGGAAGGUUGCCGAGAAUGAGGUUUCUGCCUUAAAAUCUGAGAUUAAUGCAUUGCAGCUGAAAUGUAGCGCAAUUGCUCAGGAAGAAAAUGAGGAUGUGAAUGCUUUGAAAGCCGGUAUAUCUGAUAAGGAAAAAGAAAUUGAUAGAUUGAAGAAGCUUGUGGAGAAAGAAAAGAAAAAGGCUGAUUCUGUGAGGAAGGUUGCCGAGAAUGAGAAAAAGAAGGCUGCUGAAGCUUGUAAGUUAUUGGAAGCAGAGAAGAAAAUAUCUCUGAAUAAGGGGAUGCAACUUUCCAAAAUCGAGGCAGAGAAGGUUGAAGAGUAUAGGCUUCAGCAAGUUCACUUGGAGAAAGAAGUUACUGAAACAAAAAUGAAGCUGGCUUCUGAGUUGUUAAAGUUUAAAGAGGCAAGCAAAAGAGUUGAAGCUGAUAAACAAAAGCUUUUGGUAGAAAAAAUGGAUGCUGAGUCAAAGAUGAAAAAAGCUCAAGAACAGGUAGGGGUUGAAAAACAGAAGGCGGUUAGAGAAAAGCGGCGUGCAGAUGAGGAGCAUGUUAAAGUAGAGGAGCAGAAAAGGCUUGCUCAAGAUAACUGGAAGAGCGCCAAGGAAGCAAAACAUCUUGCUGAUCAGAGAUCUCAGGAGUUAUUAGAGAAUAAGAAGACAAUUGAGGAUUUGAAGCAGAAGAUACACGAGCUUUCAUCUCUAAGAAAACUUAAUGAAAUAUCUGGUGUAUCUUCUAAUGUGAAUGCUGAAAGUGAUAAAAUACAGCUUUUGAAAAGCAGUUUAGAGCUUGAAAAAUUACGUGCAAAACAUGCAAGGGAAAAGUUAAAACAUGAAAGGAAGAAGUUUGAGCAUGAAAGGAUGAAGUUUAAAUACGAAGAAAGUUGUCGUAACAUUUUACAGCAGGAAUUGCACCGCUUAAAGCUUGAUUGUAUUAAAAAUUACAAUCACCUUACUAUGCUGGAUGCAUCCUUUUCUCCUGUUGCUGGAAGUAUACAUGGCCCAGCUAAGUGUCAGAAUAUGCCAAGCAUACAGAAACCUGAUGUCAUGACUCAACUCUGCAAUCUAGGUAUGCCUCAAAUGCACAACUGUGUUGAAAAUGAACUUGCGAAGCCUUGCAGCAUAAGGGUUGGUGCAUGCGAUUCUUUAAGGAAAAGCAUGCAGAAUCCUCCACUUGCUAUAUCUGAAGGGAAUUAUACUGAACCCAUCACAGGUACUGGUUAUAAAUUGGAGCCUCUAAUAGGAGGCUCAAACAGAACAUCGAUACAGAGUUAUGCACUAAAUUCUAGUACAGCAUCUUUUUCUGAUGCACACUUGAUGGGCUCACAGGAAAGGGGUGCUUUGCAAGUUACCACAUCAACAAAAUCAGCUGAGGAGAACUUCAAUGCAAGAUCAAGCAUGUUGAAACCAUUUGACAAAUCAGUUAUUUGUCAUGAUGGAAUAAGGAACAGGAUUUCUGAUACAAUCAAAUGUGUUGCAAAUUUGUCUUUUGAGGGUAAGAAGUUAAACACACAGCUAGAAGAUAAGCUCUCUGAUUUAUGUGGUUUAUUGUAUGACAAAAUGAACGAAUCCAUUGAGGGAGGGAGAGAGACGGUUACUAAUCAUAGGGAUACUCUACAGGAAGAGAGUGACAGGCCCCACAAGAAGAGAAAGAAAUCUCAUAGGGAAAAAGAACGCACAUCUGUGUAUGAGAAAAAAAAAACAGAAGACCCAAAAGCUGGAGUCUAUGAGGAGGCAGAUGGCUUCAGACAAACUACCUGUCCUGCAUUAUAUACUCAAACUACUCAGGCAUGCAGGGAGAGGAUAUUUGAUGAAAUAUAUACUGGAAAUGCUAUGAAGUUGUUAGAUUUAGAAAAUGCCGUUGAUGAGGAAUGCUAUAGAAGAGCCAUGAAUGCACCCUUGUCACCACUAUCUUUUGUCGAGAAUGAAACAGUUGCUUUAAAUAAUAUGGAGCCUUUUCAGGACAAAGUUCUUCAUACAGACUUGUUGGAUCAAAGAGAUUUGUCUCCUUCAACUAGAUGUGAUGUCAUUGAUGUUGAGAUGAAUUCCAACAUGCAAAUAUUUGAUGCAUGUACAGUUCCUUGUAAUGGAGACAAGUCAAAGCAGGCUAUACCAACUGAUGCAAAAUUGCAGGACACUCAUUCUUUGGAAACUUCAAAGGAUACAUUUCUGGCAGAGACUGGAACUGGAUCUUUGCACAAUCAACUUCCUAAUUUUGGUCUCAUAGUAUCAGAUAGGGAUGAUAACAGUAGCAUAUCUAGGACACUUCUGGCUACAAGGAAUUGUAUAGCACGAUGCAGUUUGGAUACUCAAACAGGAUGGGAAGUCGCUAGCAUUCUGACUGCAGUUGACAUGGAAGAAAUAUCCUUACAAAAUGAGAAGCUUUCCGUGUUGUUGACACUUUUGCUGUUCAACUUUACCAUGACUGCAAUGAAAUUUAAUGGUGGUAACUUAAUCCUUUGCUUGAAUUCUUAUGCUCAACACAUCUGUAAAGUUCUGGCUGAUGCAGGCACAAGGAUCAUUUUGUUAGAAAAAAAUUUGUUGCUGGAGCUGCUCCGCUUCAUUGAAGAUUUUCUUAUAAAAGGAAAAGUUAUAUUAAAAGACAUAGUACCUACUGAGACCUCAUCUGGUAUUGAUUUCAGAAAUGAUAGUUUUCUGGAUGGCGUAGACACAUCAUGUUCUAAAGAAGCUACGGAUGAGCAGUUGGUAGCGGCGGGUAUUAUACUAGCAUCAAUAUGUGCUGCAACCGAUUAUAUUGGAUUUCUUUCUGAGGCAUCAUAUAAUAUUCUUAGAUUGUGCAGAUAUGGUUCUUUUAUGGCGCUAACUAUUCUUCACAUUUUUGCUAACCUGGGUGGAAAGAAGUAUUUUGACUGGUGCAGUUUUGGCUUGACGGUGACUGUCUUGAAAUCUCUAGUUAUAUUUCUUGAGGGAGGGAGCAUAUCUGUCACUCCUGCUUCUUGUCUUCCAUCAAUAAAUCAGCUGCGUAUUGAUUUAUGUACUAACAAUAAAUGCCCUUUCUCGGAAGGUGCCGAGUCCAUUGAUGUUGUUACAUUCUUGCUCUUAGAAAAGAUCAAGAAGCAUCUAUUUCAGCAAGAAGGACAGUUUGAUUCUUCAAGUUUCAGAUCCCUUUUAGACAAUCAUAAUAAUGGACAGUGGUCUAGUCAGGAUGUGGUUCCAUGUACCAAUAGCAUAAAUUGUGAUGCGUCGUGCUGUUUGAAAAACCAUGUGGCUUGUCGUACUCAACCAGAUGUUCAUAUUGAUGUUACCUUAUGCCAACUUAGUGAUAUUCUCUCAUUGUUGGAGCUUGUUGCAAGCAAAAUGGGCUGGCAAUGGACCAACACAAAACUUGUUCCUCAGCUGCUUCAUGUACUGGACUCUUGUGUGGUGGAGAACGCUGCGGUUGCUAUCAUUGCUCUUCUUGGUCAGCUUGGAAGGUUUGGAGUUGAUGCUGGUGGAUAUGAAGACCAAGGAGUUGAAAACAUGAGAUCCAAAUUAUUGUCUUAUCUAAACAAUUUUUCCAUCAAAGCAGGCACUUCUCUUCAAAUUGCCGCUGCCACUGCUCUGUUUGGCCUUCUUCCUCUUGAUUUAGCUGCAGUUUUGAAGAAUGAGUUUAAUCUUUCGGCAUUUUCUAGUAAAUCUAUUUCUAAUGACACUGGAAGUUUAAAGAAGUGGUUCUCUGGAUUAGCGGAACAUCAAAGGGAUUUGCUUUAUGGCAUUUUAAAAUGCACUGAUUAAUUUUUUUAAUCAGUGCCUUUAGAUGAAUUGAUGUAAGAUUUUUGUUCCCAUUCAUCGAGGUUACUCGUUGAAAAGCUGUACAGGUUAUAGGAAAUUAGGCGGUUGAAAGCUUUGCGAUAUUGGCUGCUGUAGCUGUCAUAUUUGUACACUAUUUUUUUGGGAUAAUAUCUUGUUUCCAUAUUUUUAUUGGUUAAUCUAUGUACAUUUAUAAUUUUAA